UGUUAAAUAUAAUUUAGUGAUUACAUGCAGGCAAAGUAUUUCAUUCUUAAGAUGUUUUCGCUUUAUGAAAAUUUAUUAAUAAUUUUAGUUUCAAGCUAUGUUUGGCUUCAAGCAAACUGUAAUCCAUUGCCUCAGAAGGAAAUUGAAAACAACAACAUUGAUGUUGUUCAAGGUUGGGAUUAUAAUACUCUUGCCGGGCAUUUUAAGGAUUUCUUUAUGUAUUUACCGAUCAUGUUUACAUCACUUAAGGAGACAAUGAACGGAUUUCCAAAGAUGGCUGAAGGUAUUAAAAUAUUAACGAGUCAAGCUGAACAAUUGCCAUCUAAUAGCGACAUCUUUGACGACAAUGAAUGCAAAUGUAACUCGCACGUAACCCAACAAAAUGCUAAUAACAUCGAGAAGGAUAAUCUUUACAACUAAGAGAGACAAUACAAAAAAAAAAAAAUGCCCGUUCAUUAAAAUCCAUUAUGAUUCCACUAAUUUUGUUUUACGUGUCACAUGCAAAUUGUUAAGGAUCGAAAAGAGAAAAGAAAAUGAAAACAAUAAACAA